GAACUUCACCAGUCACCACGGAUACUCGCAACCAACUGCACGAAGGCACUUGCAACGGAAUGCGCGCUGAUCUACCAGAAGUGAAAGCUACCGAGCGUUUAAUAAUUUAGAUGUAUUGAUGUGCAGAAACAAGGUGAAAUCCUAUUAGUGAAAAUUGCAGCCAGCGGAACCGCACCAAGUUCAAGAGUGUAUCCGGACGCCUGAUCGAUAUUAUCAAUGGAUACGGCUAAAUUGAGCGACUACAGCGAGGCCAAGACGCACUUGGAGCAGCUCCAGCAGACGCUCACGCACCUGGACCACUCCCACCCGCAUCCCCAUCACCACCACCAUCAUUCCCACUUGGGACUGUACCAUGGGGCGCCCAAUACAUCGACGAUAACCACAGACUCGGUGGUUUCCUGUGUCAGUUCCACUCUGCCGUCGGUGGCCAAGGCCAUUUCCGCAUCCCCCAGCUGCAGCAACCUGGAUGCGGAGCGCAAGAGGUGCCACAGCAGUGACCUGGAUGCGGGGCACACGCUCAUGGAGGCCAUCUGCAUUGGCCAGAAGUCGCCUCCGGUUCCUCCGCUGCCGCCGCCAUGUUGUUUGGCCUUGAGCGGAAGCUCCUCCCCACCUCCCAUCAUCGCAACGGCGGCCUUGAUGCAUUCCUCUUCCGGAUCCUCCAGUUCGAGCGGAGCAAGUGCCUCUCUUUGUAAUGAUCUCAGUCGGGAGUCAUCCUGGUAUGCCCAUCACCAUCAUCACCACCACCACCAUCACCAGCUGGCCGAUGAGCUGGUCAUGUAUGCCACGCCCACUCCCGCGCCGACUAUUGGAAAAUUCGGACUGGACACAUCCACGGAGGGUUACUUGAACGCAAGGUACAAUGUGAAUGUCAAAGGCGUGCGCCAUGAAAGAACAUCCACUUUCUUCGACAUACCCGCUGUGACCCACCCACACCCGCAUCCGCAUCCGCACUCGCACCCACAUCCGCAUCCUCACCCGUACUGCUACAGAUUCCCAUCAUCGCCACCCGCGGGCAUUCUGAAAAAGAGCGACGAAGAAACAGCCACCGCAGCCGCUGCUGCUGCCGCCGCCGCUGCCGCUGCAGCUGCUGCUGCGUAUUGCAGUGACGUCACCUCGGGGCAGCACUUCCAGCACCACACGAAGAUCGAGCACGCGGACUCCACCACGACGGCGGCGCAGCAGCAACAGCAACACCAGCACCAGCAGCAACAACAACAACAGCAACAGCAGCAGCACCACCAGCAACAACAACUGCAACAGCAGCAAUUGCAACAUGCUGCCGCACUUCACCCGCACCAUCAUCACCACGGACAGGGACACCACCAGCAUGCGGAGCAGGGCCUGACCCACCUUACCCCUUUGCAUGCCGCAUCCGCCUUCAAGUUUAGCCACACAGCGGUCAUAUCUAGUUCGGCUGUGUAUGCCACGCCCCCUCAUUACGCCCACCAACAGCAGGCCCAAUCGCAGUCCCACGCUGCCGUCUAUCGUGACCUCUCCCCCACCUCGGCGGCAGCGGCGGCGGCAGUGGCGGUGGUUAGUGACGCGGAUCUGAAGUACGAAAACGGUCCCUACAACGCCACCAUAUCCUCCACCUAUCCGGCAUCCUUGAGGCCCAGCGUAGUGGACUCAACCACGUCCAGCGAUGCGGAGCUGCGCUUGGACCACUUUUACGCCAGCAACGGAAUCACCACCAGCAGCAAUGGCCAAACCAUCAGCCAGCGGCGCGGGUCGCUGCAGCUCUGGCAGUUCCUGGUAGCUCUUCUGGAUGAGCCAACCACAAGUGCCAGCUGCAUCGCCUGGACAGGACGCGGUAUGGAGUUCAAGCUUAUUGAACCGGAGGAGGUGGCUCGGCGGUGGGGCCUGCAGAAGAACCGCCCGGCUAUGAACUAUGACAAGCUGUCCCGCAGCCUGCGCUACUACUACGAGAAGGGCAUCAUGCAGAAGGUGAACGGUGAGCGGUACGUCUACAGGUUUGUUUGCGAUCCAGAUGCCCUUUUCAACAUGGCGUACGGCCAUCUGUCCAACGGAUCCAGCAAGGGCGACCAACAUCAGUUGACCCUCGCGCUGGCCAAGACGCCGCCAAGUACGGGCGACUCCCAGACGCAAUCUUCUCGAGUCGCCAAGUCGGAUUACUACGACACCGCCACUCUCCACAAGUAUUAGCUCUGAUGUGGGCGGAGCGUGGGAAUGCGGCCAAGGGGGCGUGCCCAAAGACUCGUGUACAUUGUGUAAUCUAGUUGCGUGUGUAUGAAAUGGAGUUUGGAGCAUGGUGAGCGGAUAGAGCGAAAGACAGCGAUCUCAUCAUAACCACAUAUGCGUAUGGUACUUUAUACGACGUCAAAUAUAGCAUACUUACACGCCCACAUAUAUGUUCAUAUGUGUAUAUAGCGGAGGUAUUGAAAUUAGGGACCGUAAUCGUUAUGAGUUUUAUUUAAAAAGGCACAAAAUAAUCACUAUUCUCUGAGCGAAAAAAUAAAAAUCAUGAAUAAUCAUUAUUCUAUUAUUUUAAUCAAUAAAUAAUCAUUAUAUUUUAUUUUAAUUUCUUUGCUCAGAGAAUAAUCAUUUAAAAUAAAAGUCAUACAAAUAAUUAUUAUUAACGGUCCCUGAUAGAAACAGGAGGAUA